CGAGAGCCGGAGAAGGGGUGGGGCGUCAGCGGGGCUAUAACUGGCGACUCGGAGGUGUCGCCAUUGUGAGUUGUGCAGGCGGAGGCGGCUGGGCCGCCCGCAGCGGGAUGUCUGGGACGGGACCAGAGGAGACGCGACGCAGGCUCGGAACACUGAGAAUGGAGUCUAAACCUUCAAGGAUUCCUCGAAGGAUAUCAGUUCAACCCUCCAGUUCCUCCUCUUUAAGUGCCAGAACACUGUCUGGAAGCAGAGGAAGCAGUUUAACUGAUGCAUAUCAUACAAGAGAAUCUUCACUGAGACUGGAUUCUGGAUGUCAGGAAUCCAAUCUAUUGCAUAGUUCCAGUAGAGACUGGGGAAUUGGAGAAGCUCAUGAAACUCCUUGGAAGCUUACUAGUUCCUCUCCAACUCACUACUCGGGGACACUUGAUCGUCCAUGGUCUGGAAGAUUUUUGGGAAGCAGAAGCAGAUUGUCUACAUCCUCCUCCUCUCCUCUUUCAUCUACUUGGUAUGGUGAAUCUGAGAGAACUCAGGGAGCAUACUCAAGACUACAUAACCAGCAGCGGGAUAGUGAUUCAAAGAGACCUAAGCUUUCCUAUACAUCUACCUCUUCUGUGAGAAGUAAUGGCUUAAAUACAGUUUCAGAUCUUCAGGAUAGACCUGCCUCUUCAUAUGCACAGGGAGCAAGACCAAAAGAUAAUUCAUUGAGCACUUUGAGGCUGAAUACAUCCAUGAACCGCCAGUUGCCUUCUGAACAUGACUCAUCUUUAUUCUCUGGAGUCUCUAGCAGGAGCUCUUCAAGAUCUAACUAUUCUACAAGGGAAAUGGAAUCUUCCCAAAGGAAUAUACAGCCAGAGUUUACCCACAUUGCCAUUAGAGAUGAAAUUCCCUCCACAAGCAGCACUGAAAGGGUUGCGUCUCAAAGGUCACUCAGUGAGCCUCCAGCAGAUACUGAAGGAAGGCGUACAACUAGACAAUUACUAUCUCGUUUAGCUUCUAGUAUGUCAUCUACAUUUUUCUCACGGAGAUCUAGCCAAGACUCAUUAAAUGCAAGAUCAUCAGAUUCUGAAGAUUCAGGUGUAGUCCCAAGAGUUCAAACUUCUACCCAAUCUAGCAGUAAUGCAACUGCACGUCCUGAAGUUCCAGGCAUUCAGACACCUGAAGCUUCUCAGGGAUUUAGCUUUCUUAGACGAAGAUGGGGCUUAUCAGGUGUUUCACAGAAUCAUAGUUCUGAUUCAGAUGCUGAAAGUUACAGACAAGAGCCUGAAAGUAGAAAUACAGGAUCCUGGUUAUCGUCAUCCCUAAGAAAUAGAUGUACACCUCUCUUCUCCAGAAGAAGGCGAGAAGGAAGAGAUGAAUCUGCAAGAACCUCUACCUCUGAAACACCUGCUAGAUCACUACACCUCUUUAGGAGAAGAGAGUCUAGUGAAGAGACUCCUCUUGAAGCACAGAGCAGCUCCCCUGGGGCUGCUGCCAACAGACCACCAACACCAGCAGUAUCUAGCAGUCCUACAACUACUGCUUCCACAUCAGAUGCAUCUCACAGUAGAAGAAGUUCUGGAAUAUCAGGAAUUCUUCCUGGCUCUUUAUUCCGGUUUGCAGUGCCCCCAGCAUUAGGGAGCAGCAUUUCUGACAAUGUUAUGAUAACAGUAGAUAUUAUUCCCUCAGGUUGGAAUCAGCCUGAUGGAGAAGAAAGUGACAAGUCUAAAAUAUUACCUUCAAGAGAUCCUGAAAGACUCCAGAAAAUUAAAGAGAGCCUCCUGUUAGAGGACACUGAAGAGGAGGAAGGUGAUUUAUGUAGAAUCUGCCAGAUGUCAUCUGCAUCUUCUACCAACCUCUUAAUAGAGCCAUGCAAAUGCACUGGAAGUCUGCGAUAUGUUCAUCAGGAAUGCAUGAAAAAAUGGCUGCAGUCCAAGAUUAAUUCUGGUUCUUCUUUGGAAGCAGUAACUACCUGUGAGCUGUGUAAAGAGAAGUUGCAUCUUAAUCUUGAGGAUUUUGAUAUUCAUGAACUCUAUAGGGCACAUGCAAAUGAACAAGCAGACUAUGAAUUUAUCAGCUCUGGUCUCUACCUUGUAGUGUUGUUACACUUGUGUGAACAACGCUUUUCUGAUAUGCUGGGAACUGCAAGUGAGGCCAGCACACGUGUCAGGCUUCAGAGGAUGAGUCUGAAGACAGUGAUGCUGGCAGAAGUUUUGACACUGCUUAAUGCUGCAAGAGCCAAACAGAAGUGCUGCAAAGAUGCUGAACUAGCAAGAAAGUACCAUCAAUAUGCAUUUAUUUUUUGCUCUUUAGUAGAAAGCGCAUUGAAUAUUUACUAUAGUUUAACGCAUUACUGAACUCAUCUGUUGCUGCAUACCAGAACACAAACAAUGAAUCUGAAAACUAUUCCGCAAGGUGUGCAAGAGUUAGAUAUACAAUGCUGUAUCCCCUUUGAGAUGGGAUCUUAUGCCUUGUUUUGAAAAAGUAGAUCUUAAAUAUUUAAGGAAGUCAUAUCUCCCUUUCUAUUAACGUCUUACUGUAGUCAGUUAGAUUGCUGGAUUGGUCUAUCAAGUUUUUCUCCUAUAUUGGUAAUUGUGUUUUGGGGUGGCGGGACCCAUGUACUUAUAGCAUAAAUUUUCCUUUUAAAAAUGCUUAAGUUGUAGUUUCUUAUAAUCACUUGCUUCCAGUGUUAACAUAGGAUGAAUGGGUACUGUAAAACUACAGUGUUGAGUUUCCAAAUUUUAUUUGAAGAGUGUUAAACUCAACAGCAAUAAGAACUUGCAAGGGGCUUCUAUUAUUAAAGUGUUAAUGAUGGCUUUUUUAUGUACUGAUUUGGAAAUUUGAGAUUAUAUUUGAUAUUAUGUGGAUAUUCCAUUAAGGAAAUAUUGCAGCUGUAAACUCCUGCAUUUUGGCAUUCCUGGCAGAAAUGCAACUUGAUAGGAUUUAAAAUCUUAAUUGACCUGUUUAGUUUAAAAACCUUUUUUAGAUCCCACAUUCACUGUUAAAGCACUGGUUAUAUCAAUGUGUUUUCUAGUGUUGUCACUUCUUUAUAAAUAAAGAUGAUGCAUAGAA